AUGAGGAUUGAGAUGUUAACAUAUAUUGCUUCACUAUUGCUUCUGCAAUUUCACAAGAUAUCUGCAUAUGACACAGGCAAUAUAGCUCUCAAUAAACCAGCGACACAGGUUUCAACCUACAGCGAAGGUACACAUCAAUGGUCAGCGAGUCAUGCCGUUGAUGGUGACAAAUCCUGUGGAGACCCGCCAACUUGGCAACACUAUAGUGCAACAAAGUCUGACAGUUUUACAGGAACCUGGUGGCGUGUGGACCUUCAAGAGGAAUAUAAUAUCAGCAGAGUUGUCGUACAUGGAAAACCUACGGAUACAAAUC